AAUUUAUUUUAUGAACAUUUUACAAUAUUAUAAUCGUUGUAAUGGUACUAUUAUUUAUUAUCUCUAAUUAUGAUCUUCUUUUAUGUUAGUUGAACUCAUACACAUAUAUUUUAUAUACUUACACCAGUGAUUAUUCAAACGAAUAUGAGUAUUUUUUUUAUGUCAUUGAUACUUAUAUGGAGUCAGAUAUCAGGUAUUUAUGUCGUCACCUUAUAUGUAGAUGGAAAAAAUGAAAACAUGUCUACAAUAAAUAACGAAUUGUGUAUACCUUGUUUUUGUAAGCCCAAGACAAGCAAUUGUAAAGAAGAAAUAUGUACAGAUUCAAAUAGUACUAAUUUAUGCCAAAAUGAAACUUAUCAAGCAAAUACUGAACAUCAAGCUCCAGCUUCAAAUUAUCUGAAUAAAAUUGGAUUUAUAUUCAAAAUAUUUAUAUGCAUGUGUAUAAUAUAUAUGUUUGUAGUACAUGCAUCUAGAGACUGCUUCGAUUCAAUUUCUACGAGAAGAGUACAUUCAAGUUUAAAUCAAAUUCUAUCUGACGACGGUCUACCGUCCUCUGAUGCACAUAGUGACGACCAAAGUUGUGUAAUGCCGUUGAACGUCUAUGAACAUGAAAAUAAUAUUAAUGAUCCGCCUCCUUCGUACCACGAUGUGCAAAAUACUAGAACAAACGUUUCAAAUCCUUGGUACACAACACUACCACCAGUGCAGAGUUCCAAUUUAAAUUAUGACUGUAAAUACAAUGUAGGCUUGCUUUUAACGUCAUCGAUCGACGAGCCACCUCCAUCGUACGACGAUUUUAUGGCAAUUCAUCGUUCGAAACUUCCACGGGUUUAUGAUAAUUUACUACCGAAUUAUGCGUAUGAUCAUUUGUACACAGCUAUGCCGGUUGAUGAAAUGGAAACCGCACAGGAUUUGCAAACGACAUUCGAAUCCGAAACCGACAUUUUACGCAGUCAAGUCUGAUAUAGGUGAACACAAUUAUUUUCGAUCAGUCAGAUUCUCUGCGUUCUUUCACAUUUUAGAUUUUCUUUUUUUAUUUGGAACGGAAAAAUUCAUUUACCAAUAUUAUAACUUACGUUAAAAUUCAUAGACUGUGAUGUCUUAACAAACAGAGUUUACUGGUUCGAUAUACAUUAUAUAAUUGUUAUAUUUGUGAAAAUCUGUUUGAUCCAGUGAAAUCGUUAUCUAUUUUCAUAACAGCUUGAAAUCGAACAUGUCCAAAAGCUUUUGAUAAAUUACAUUUCAUAUAACAUGUUUUAAUUGAUUAUGCUUAUACUAAAUAUAUUAUA